AUGUUUAAGGCACUAGCGAACGAGAACCAUGCAGCAGGGGCCCAAGAAGACUGCGGGAGCAGCUCCAGGAGGAGCUGGGGUCUGUUGGUCACAGCCGGUGUCGGUGGGACCUUGUUGGCACUCUAUGCUGUGGUUAUCCCCUUCGUGACCCCAGCUUUGAGGAAAGUGUGCCUGCCCUUCGUUCCUGCAACUUCCACUCAAAUCCAGAAUGUGCUGAAAAUGUUAGAAAACAGAAGUGGCUCUCUAGUUGACAUUGGUAGCGGGGAUGGCCGUAUUGUGAUAGCAGCUGCAAAAAAGGGAUUCAAAGCUGUUGGUUAUGAAUUAAAUCCCUGGCUAGUUUGGUACUCCAGAUACCGUGCCUGGAGAGAUGGGGUACAUCAGAACACCAAAUUUUAUAUUUCAGACUUAUGGAAGGUUUCUUUUUCCUGUUACACAAAUGUUGUUGUUUUUGGGGUACCUCAGAUGAUGCCACAGUUGGAGAAGAAGCUGGAAGAAGAACUUGGGUAUAAUGCCAGAAUCAUUGCCUGUCGUUUCCCUUUCCCUUCCUGGAUCCCAGAUCACACUGCCGGAGAGGGAAUAGACACUGUGUGGGCCUAUGAUUUGAAACGUUCUAGAGGAUGUGAAACAAAAAGCUUGGAAAUUACACCAGAGAUGGAAUCCUAAAAUCUAAUUUUGUUUAGUAUUGGAGUUUUUGGCUUUGACUUCACCUGUUGAAGAUGAGAUUAAUGUGAAUAGAGCCCCAAAAAUACAGAGUUAUAUGUUCUCUAAAAUAACCUUAGUACACUGAUUAUCUGAAAGUACACAAAGGUUCUUGAAAAGUGUGGUUCAAUGGCUUAAUGAAUUAGCAACAAUUAUGAGAAAGUUUUACAGAAGCAGAAAAUUUUGAUAUGGAAAAUGGGAUAAAACACAGUUCACUACUGUUAAAGGGAAUGUAUUUUA